AGGCGGUUAGCUGGCAGGAUGAAGAGGAGGGAGCUUUAGACGGGCGGAUAACCAAACCUUCUUCCAGUGUAAAUCAUAAUUUCAACCAGCAGCCAACCUCGUAUAAUCUAUUGGCGACUGCUUACAUAAUAGCCAAUGAACGUUUCCAGGAAGUAAUGCUUGCGAGCCAAUCAGAGAGCUCCUCUGGCGACACGAUCCCGCCCCCCGCCUGUCACUCGGUUAUGUCAACGCCGUAAACUGUGGAGGUGUUACGAAGUCAAAGGUGUGGAGGGCCACGCGAAAGGACCGCUGUCAAGUUAGUGGUAACGUUUGGUUUCAAGCGGAAGUGGUUUUGACGUCGUCGGCGUUGUAAUGACGGUCUGAAUAACUUGAGGACAUGUUUAACUUUGCAGGACUCGCCGGAACAUCAUGUAAGGAAGCCGCCGUCGAGGAUUGAACCCAGUUUCACAGCUGUGAACAAACUCUGUUGGGGUCCAGCAGCGCACAGGAAGUGAGCCGCCCCGCAGAACUGAGCGCUGCCCCCCCCCGCCUCCUCUCCCCCCCCCCCCACCCCACCCCACAGUUCACACCAGCGUCCAUCAACUUGUCGGACUCCGCUUCGGCGAUCAUGUCAGCGUCAACAUCAUCGAGUCAGCAGCGGGUUAAACAGAGCGGAGACGGAUCUCCCUCCGCCUCCUCCUCAUCCUCCUCCUCCUCCUCCUCCUCCUCCUCUUCUUCAGCUUGGAGCAACAACAGCACCGCGGUCCGGUUGCAGCCUCUCCGUGCCACGGUACCGUUCCAGCUCUUGCGUGGAAAUCAGCACAGCCCAACCCGCUCCUCCUCCUCCUCCUCCUCCUCCUCGGUCGGAAACAACACAGCACCGGCGACGUCCCGUGGCUCCAGUCCCGUCAGCCCUACGCAGCUACCGCUUGCGAGCCCGGGGGGAGACGGCCCGGAGUGCAGGCUGGUGGUUGGACACAGGGUCUCUCCGCCGGACGACCAGCGCUCGCCAGAGCCGGCCGCCUGCAGAGUUGAAAGGCCACAGGUGCGGAGUGUGGGGUCUAUCCAUCGGACCUCUUCCUUGGGCACCAUCACAGGCCCCUACCUCACCGGGCAGUGGCCUCGUGACCCCCAUGUGCAAAACCCCUCUUGUAUGAAAGAUAAAUCCACACAGACUCCUAGAUGUUGGAUUGACCAAACAGCUGAAAACAGGAGCACACAUCAGCGCUCGGCGUCCUGGGGCAGCGCCGAUCAGCUCAAAGAGAUUGCCAAGCUCCGGCAGCAGCUCUAUCGCAGUAAACAAGGAGGGCGUCAUAGCAAGGACAAGGAGCGCCUCUCCCCUCUUCAGUACAGGACCAUCACCAUCACCCCCUCUACUGCAGCCAGCCAAGCUCAUCCGUUUUCCAUGUCGAAGUCGGCUCAGAUGCCGCUGUCCAACAUCACAGUGCCAAAGCCCUCCAUCUCCAGGGUGCCCAGCAGCAUGGAGGGCAUCAACCAUGAGCUGGAGAAGGUCUUCAUCAGAGAUAAUGGCGAAAAGGAGGAGUUGAAGGCCCUGGAAGUGCCAGACGGACGGCGUGCACCCUUCCCCCCCCAGCAGCGGAGCAGCAGCACGCGGAGUGUGGACACCCAGACGCCUUCAGCGCCUGGCCGCUCCAGUAGCUGCUCCAGCCUGUCCCCCUGCCCUUCCCCGGCCUGCCCACCGGGCUCCCAUGAUGGCAGCCCCUACUCCACAGAUGACUUGCUGUAUGACCGAGACAAAGAUAGUGGAAGCAGCUCACCACUGCCCAAAUUUGCCUCCUCACCCAAACCCAACAACAGCUACAUGUUCAAGCGUGAGCCCCCAGAGGGCUGUGAGAAGAUUAAAGCGUUUGAAGAGAUGAGCUCCAGGCAGUCCACGUCGGCAUCUGUCCCUCUCUUCUCUUGCCCAGACAAAAACAAGGUCAACUUCAUCCCCACAGGCUCAGCUUUCUGCCCAGUCAAGCUCCCCGGCGCCCUGCACCUCAUCCCCCCCUCAGAGCCUGAGGAGGACGACCCGGAGGCUGGCCCCAGCUCAGCAGCCCAGGGGGCCAUGUCAUCUUACGGUGCUCCUACUCAGGUCUCAAUAAGCACCAGCACGGAGGACCCCCUGGAGGAGCCUGGCACGCCCCCAUCCCCCUCCCAGACCUCAGAGACUGCAGCCUCACAGACAGACAGCCUGGCCAUCAGUUAGACCCGAGCAGAGCUGGCCUCUGCCCCUUGAUUAAUGCUAGCCACCACCGUCUACCCCACAUGACCUACCAACACCUCCCUCUGGUCUGCUAAGGGAGCGCUUCCCAUCUCUGCUAAACAGCCCCCUACCCCCACGCUCUCUCUCUCUCUCUCUCUCUCUCUGUCUCUCUCUCUCUCUGUCUCUCUCUCUGCAUGACAUAGCAGCAAUGUCCUCGACAACAAUGACCACGAACACCGCCACUACAAAGAAUAGCCACCUUAAUGUUCUUUCCUGCAUAUUCUCUACACACUGUUCCUGGCAGGGUCGGCCUGACGUUUCGGAGGUUGAUAUAUGCUGGCAUAGGAGGGGAGAAUAGCAUAGUAUGGAUGGGGGAGGGGCAUGCAUUUUAAACUGGUAGUAUGUUUAUGAUUAAAUUAUGUGUUGUGUUCCAUUUCAACAUUCACAGUAUGAAUAAGCUCUAUACAUAUAAACAAAUAUAUCUCUAUCAAAAGAAAGAAAAAUGCUUGUUUUAAAAAAAAAAAAUCCCAGACUGUGUAUUGCUGUGUUAUGUACCUAACAGGAAAGACAGCUGUACUGUUAAGGAUUAUGUUUACACUAUCCAGGUCACAUUUUUUGAACCCUCAGAAAAAUGCAAUGGAAGGAAAAAAUCAUUCUGGCAAACACAAAGACAGAACAGGCCACAAUUGGAUGCGCGGCGUCUGCUCCCGGCCUCGCUUCAGGUAUCUCACUCGGAGUCUAAACUCAGGUAAUUUGGAAUGUAUGUCCAUACAAAUAUCUGCAUCUCGACAAAGCAGAAGAAUUUCGAUUAGCAGUCGGUCACUCAUGUAGUCCCAUCGUUUGCUUAUGUUGGGUUCUUCCAGAACAUUCCAUGUGCUCAUAGAGAGUUACGUCCUGGACUAGAGCGGGGCUCGCUAGACCCAGAGGAGUGUAGGUUUAAACUAGACCUGCAGGCGUCCCCUGCAUGAACGUAAUGACAGGAGGUUGGAUCCUGCAGGACCCGGGCACACAGUGACCGUGUGCACCCACCCAUGGGUGUAGACUGGACAGACCCCGUAUGAAGGUACCGGUCUACACGUUUCAGGCUGUGAUGCUCAGAUGGGUCGCCCGAGCUGCGACUGCGGAGGGGCGUUCGGAAAUCUUGUAGUCUUGCAGUACUGCCACUUCAGCAGUGCACAAAACAGAUAAACUAAGCAUCUGAUUCAACUCUGGCGGUGUCCAAACUGGGAAUGUUCAGAUAAAGCGGGAAAAAACACGGUCCGUAACGAUUCCAUCAAAAUGCAUUCCAUGAAAUUUUAGCAGCGCGGAUAUAAAUAGACUCAUUAAUUCAUACUCGAAAUAUCUCACCGCCCGUUUGAUUUGGUUAUUUUCCAGACUUGCUGCCUCGAGGUCUAUAGUUGUCGAUACCGGUGGCAGUCUCAUCUGCAGCACUCGAUGCACAGAAGAAGAAAAACACAGUUUCACACUGGCCUGUCUCCUCGUCACUGUCUGUCAUGUCAUUGUCGGUGAGUGUGAUCGGCACCUUGGCGGCACCACGACCCGAGCAGAACACUUACCCACCUCUUACACACGGUCCCGUGUAAAUCCGCUGUAGGCUCGACCACAUUGUUACGGCAUCGCUAGCUGAUUAUUGCAGUACUCCAGUGUAAAUUAUCUACAAUUUUCUUUGUCGAAACAAACAAUUAAGUGAAGCGAUAAACAUAAUCAAAUAUUUUUAUUUUGAUAUCUUGUGUGCUCUUGAGAAUUCCUAC